AGUCUUGGCCUUGUGUCAACACGGAGCUGGAGGUGGCUGCGAGGAGGGGCAGGGGACGCCCAGCGGACCCGCGCGCAGUCCGAGGGUAUCAGGCGAGGCUCCGCUGCGGACGGGCGACGCGCAGCAAUGGCGGAACCGGCGUCGGCUCGGACAUUUUCUCUUCAGAUGAGGACUUGGUACCUCCUAUUUGACAGUGUGACCAAGUAGGUACCAUGAUGAAAACGGAAAAUGCCAGUGGGAAAACACAAUUAUAACUAAAAUAUAUGUUCAUAAAGAAUACUUGGAGCCCAAAACUGAAGUGAAAGAUGGAGCUCUUAAGAGCUCUCUAGAAUCAAUAAACAUUUAAAAAAAAAAACAAAACUAGGAGGAAAAGCCAGUAAAAAUAAUGGGCAACAAAUUUAGACCUUCAAAGAUUUCUGGUAGUGAGUGUCCGGGGGAAGGACGUGUGGAAGGCCCAGAGGGACCCGGACACGCACAGUCCGCACUGGAAGCCAUCGUGGCUGAGGAACUAGCAGCUGAGGGUCCAGUGGGCCCGGUGCACACCCCGAUACGGAGAAACCCAGUAGAACCCGACCAGGAUAAACGAAAGUAAAUCUCUGUCUACACACGUCAUAGUCAAAGCACGAAAUCCGUGGCAGAGAGAAUGCUUACAGGCAGCCAGAGAAAAGAAGACCGAUUACCUCACAGGAGGAAGCGCCGCGCCACCCCCCUGGCUUCCUCCCCACCGCCUCCGCCAGCGCCAGAGGACAGCUCCUGCCCGCAGCCCCCGGAGCUCCCGCUGCAGGCCGUGGUGGCCGCCAUCCAGGCCGCGGAGAAGAAGGUGGAGGCCCAGGCCGCCCAGCUGCAGAGCCUGGAGAGGCGCAUGGAGACGGUGGAGAAGAAGCUGGCCGACUUCGAGAAGAUGACCUUGGAGUUCGGGAACCAGCUGGAGGGCAAGUGGGCUGUGCUGGGGACGCUGCUGCAGGAGUACGGGCUGCUGCAGAGGCGGCUGGAGAACAUGGAGAACCUGCUGAGGAACAGGAACCUCUGGGUCCUGCGGCUGCCCCCGGGCAGCGCGGGGGAGGCCCCCAAGGUGUCGCGGGCACUGGACAGCGAUGGCGUCUGUUUCUCGGAGCAGGAGUGGGAGAAUCUGGAGGACUGGCAAAAGGAGCUGUACAGAAACGUGAUGAUGAGCAACUACGAGACUCUGGUCUCUCUGAAGGUCCUUGGCCAGCCGGAAGGAGACGCGGACCUGGGCACAGAGAUGCUGGGCGACUUGGAGGAGGAAGGCCUCGGGGGCGUCCACCCGGUUGAAGGGGUCGUGAUCAAGCAGGAGGUAGAGUCCCCCCAGGGACAGGAGCGCUCGGAGGCCCUUCCCGGGGAGUUCCCGGGCCUGGCGGAAGAGCAGGCUUUCCUGGGCCCCGUGCCGACUGAGCUCUGGAACGGUCAGGGCGCGUCUGUCCUCUUGGAAUCAGACCCCAGGGACGUGACUCUCGAGGAGCCCGUGGACGGCAGCAGGGGCCCCGGCAGCGACAGAAUUCUGGGCUGCCCCCCGAGGCAGAAGUCCAGCAGGCCGGCGCAGCUGGGUCAGGAGUGCGGGCAGGGCCUGAAGCUGCCGAGGGACCUUCCUGGCCCCUUCGAGUGUCCCGAGUGCGAGCUCAGCUACCGCUGCGAGCAGCAGCUGGCCACCUAUCUGCGGACCCACUCGGGGUGGGAGCCCCCUGCCGCGCCGGCACCGGAGCCGGAGCCAGAGCCGGAGCCGGAAGAGAGCCUCAGGCCCAGGCCGCGGCUGAAGCCCCAGUCCAAGAGGACCAGACAGCAUCAGUGUGACAUUUGUAUGAGGAGCUUCAGCUGCAGGGUGAGCCUGGUGACCCACCAGCGCUGCCACCUGCAGGAGGGACCCAGUGGCGGUCAGCGCGUCCAGGAGAGGUUCUCGCCCAACAGCCUGGUCGCCCUGCCGGGCCACAUCCCCUGGAGGAAAAGCCGGAGCUCCCUCAUCUGCGGCUACUGUGGCAAGAGCUUCAGCCACCCAUCGGAUCUGGUGCGGCACCAGCGCAUCCACACAGGCGAGCGGCCCUACACCUGCCCCGAGUGUGAGCGGAGCUUCGUGCAGAAGCAGCACCUGCUGCAGCACCAGAAGAUCCACCAGCGGGAGCGUGGCGGGCUGGCUCCGGAGCCCGGGAGGCCCAGCGGCCUGCUUUAAGGGUGCCAGCCCCUCGCCUGUCCGGGGGGGCCGAGGGGGCUGGCAGUGGUCUCCCGAAGAGACGCUGUGCGGAGUCAGGGGCUGGCUUCUUCCUGAGGGGAGUCGCUUUGAUUUGCCUAACCUUGGCCAAGCGACAGGCCGAGCCGCGCCCCCGAAACCGUGUGGAGCGGGGUGGGGCCCGGCCUGCCCCCGAUGUCUGCCCUGCUGUUGAGUGGGCCGUGUCGUCGGCACCUUCACGUCUCGGGUUUCCCCACCCACACCGAUGCGCGUGGUCUGGGGUGGGUUUGAGGGCCCGGCCCAGCGAUUCAGGCCUCCCCGCGGGGCGGGGCCAGGCCAGAGGGGUGAGCUGGUGUGCAGAAGAGCUCUGGGGAGCAUAACCACGUUUGCCCUUUUGUAGUCUCCUUAUUAUUAACAACAAGUAGAAAAAUAAUUUAAAUGAGCGCUCACCCUGCUCUGGAGAACCUUUCUGGAAUUAGAUUUUAGUUGAUUUAAAAAACUAAUAUGCAGCCCAACACUUGUUUUCCAAGUCUCCAGAGCUGUAGAAGUUGUUCCUAACAACUUCUGGCCUGCCAUCCGGGAGGGAACUGUUUCCGGGGCUGUUUUCGCCCACCCACACUCAGGCCAGGGUCCAGGGGUCAGGGGGCAUCGCAGGGCUCCAUAUCGUGGGGGGUCUUAGCACUCUCGGAUGGGGCUCACUGAAUCAAAAGAACCGAGAGGGAGAAAGCAGCAGGGGUGGACCCCCGAGCGCCCCAGCGAGAGCGAAGAGCCUGGUGCACGAAUUGCUGCCUCCUCCUGGGAGCUGGGAGCUGGGGUUUCUGCCUCGGCUCCUGCCCCUCCAUCCGCUCCCUGCCGGGUUCCACGGCCUCACGGGGUGGACGACUCCCUUGUUACUUAAGGCUGUUCAGCUUGUGUAGUGGUUAUUUGAGUUCGUGCCUGUUGGACCAGUGAUUCCCGGAGGUCGUUCAGGUGACACUUUCCAGACUAGUUCUGGGACGGACCCUUGCGGAGCUGAUGGAGGAAAAGCACACGGCUUCUGGGUGGGCUCCUGGCUCCUGGGUGAGUGUCCCUUUUGAUGACUUGGCAGUUGCUUAGAAUAAAACUUGCUACUGGCAAAGGAAAAGUGCUCGUGUC